AGCCAUUCAUGUAUUUUCCAUACAAACCAGCAAGACUAGCAACAGUGCUUGCUUUAAUUACUUUUGAUUUACUUCUAGUCAACGUGCUCUUUCCACUUCAUUCUUCAGGAAUCUCUGUCCCAUUUUCAUUAAAUCAUCUGUACGUCCAUUUCUUUUCGUUUAUUGGGGUUUUUGGUAGCUAUUAAAAAAAGAAGCUUUGUCACAAGAAGCUAACUAGAGAGGAGAAAUGAUGGAGAAGACUACAGCGAAAACUCAAGAAGAAGUUGCUGGUAGAAGCUUAUUAGACUUGGUGUUCUCCUGGUCUAUCACGGAUGUACUUAACAGAGAUCUUUACAAAAAUCAGGUGAAGAAGAUACCAGAGACAUUCACGUCAACGUCAAAUUACAUGAAGUCAUUCAUUCCUGCUCUAAUCGAGGAAACUCGUGCAGAUUUGUGCUCAAACAUGAUGAAGGUCUCCCAAGCACCUACAAGGGAGAUCUUUUCAAUUGAAAGAUCAAAAGAGUAUAAACCUCCCAAAGACUUGUUUUAUAAGAUGUGGUUGAAUAGAAUGAGAAAAACUGGAAAUGUGAAAGGAAUAUACGAGCCUGAGGUUGGAGAUCUCAUUGCUUUGACAGAUGCAAGACCCAAAGACAUUGCUGAUUUGAACAGGCCUGGGAUAAACUAUCUUCUUGCUUAUGUUCAUAGGCUAUCUAAUGGGCUGGAUGAUGACGAUAAUCAUGAAACGUUAUGGCUGGAUGAUGACGAUAAUAAUGAAACGUUAUCAAUUCUCACAUCCAAACCCAUUCAAUUUGAACUAGAAAACAAGCACAAUAAAAGGGAGUCUGUCUUUGCUGGACAAGAGAUUCAAAAGAAAAGGAGAGCCACUUUCUUCGUUGUUUACCUAGCAAACAUGACGACAAAUGUCCGUAUAUGGAGAUCAUUGAACUCAGAUCUGCAAGGAGGGAACACGAACGUUAUCCAGAAUGUGCUUGAAACUAGUUCAACUGAUAGCCAAGAUUGUUCUCACUGCUUAUCUGAAGUGAAUAGAAGUGCUGCACUUUCUGUUAUGCAAGAAACCAUAAUCAGCUCUUCUAAUUUAAAUGACUCACAGGAAGAUGCAAUUGUAAGCUGCAUUGGUCUGAGUGAAUGCCAGCAUCAAAGCACUGUCAAACUAAUUUGGGGUCCUCCAGGGACUGGAAAGACAAAGACAGGUGGUUUAUUACUGUUUUCUCUACUUAAAUUGAAGUGCAGGACACUUACAUGUGCUCCAACCAAUAUUGCUGUGUUGCAAGUGACAUCGGGACUCCUAAAGCUAGUUACAGACUCUCUUGAAUAUGACACCUAUGGACUUGGAGAUAUAGUUCUCUUUGGGAAUGGGGAGCGAAUGAAGAUUUCUGAGAAUGAUGAUCUCGAAGAUAUAUUUCUUGACCAUCGGGUUGAAGUGCUUUAUCAUUGCUUUGCCCCGUCAACCGGGUGGAAGCACACUGUAGAUUCAAUGAUAAAUUUGCUUGAAGAUCCUGGGCAUCAGUACCGCAGGUACUUGGAAAACAUGAAAAAAGAGAACGAGGGAGGGGAUCGGGAUGAUGGAAUGACUGAAUUUCAAGAGAUGAACAGCAACAAAGAGAAGGAUGAAGUGGUCGGUGAUCAAAACCAGAAGGGCAGGAACAGCAGGAAAGUUCUGAAGAAAAUUCUUUUACAGGCAUUGAAAGACAACAAGAAAACUGAAAAAAAGAAACAGAAGGUUUCUUAUCAUCAAGAUAAGCUUCCAAGGUGUUUGGGAAAGGGAGAUCAAUAUGGAAAGGAAAACAAGGAAGAUAAUAUUCUCCCGUUCGAGGAAUUUGUAAAGAAAAGGUUCAAAAUCCUUAGUGAGAAGCUGGACGUUUUAAUUGUAGGUUUGUAUACGCAUUUGCCAACGUCUGUCAUUUCAUUAGAAGUUGUGAAGAACAUGAUAAAAGCUCUUGAUUCACUCAGCGGCCUCAAAACAUUGUUGAAUGGUGUUAGCAUAGGAGAUGGAGGUUUAGAGCUAGACAUCAAUGAUUUUGAAAACGAAGAAAGCAGUGCCUGUCAAUAUUCAAGAUUGGCCACUAAAAGAAAGGAUUGCAUUCAGAUACUGAAUUCACUUCCUCGAUCAUUUGACGUGCCCAAUAUUUUUGAAAGGUAUCAAGUGAGAAACUUUUGCUUGGAAAAUGCAUGUCUGAUUUUCUGUACCGCUUCAAGCUCUGCCAUGUUGCACACAGAAGGAAUGAAACCGAUAAAAUUGUUGGUUGUUGAUGAAGCUGCGCAGCUUAAAGAAUGUGAAUCGACCAUUCCAUUGCAGCUUUCUGGUCUUCGCCAUGCCGUUCUUAUAGGUGACGAGCGCCAACUUCCUGCCAUGGUUCAGAGUCAGAUUUCCGAGAAAGCUGAAUUCGGGAGGAGCUUGUUCGAGAGAUUGGUCAUACUGGGACACGAGAAACACCUACUGAAUAUGCAGUACAGGAUGCAUCAAGAGAAAGCUGAAUUCGGGAGGAGCUUGUUCGAGAGAUUGGUUGCUGUAGUUUCAGAGCUAGUUGCAAGCCUUUUUAAAGAAUUUACAAGGGCAAGAAAGAGGAUGAGCGUAGGAGUCAUAUCACCGUACAACGCUCAAGUUUAUGCAAUUCAAGAAAAAAUUGGAAAGACUUACAGUGCACAUAGUGAUUUUGCAGUAAAUAUUCGGUCUGUCGAUGGAUUUCAAGGAGGCGAGGAGGAUGUUAUAAUUAUCUCUACUGUCAGAUGUAAUGCAAAUGGAAAAAUAGGUUUCCUUGCCAAUCGCCAAAGGGUGAACGUGGCAUUGACCCGUGCAAGGCACUGCCUCUGGAUAUUGGGAAAUGGAGCAACUCUUGUCAACAGCGAUUCUAUUUGGAAGAAAUUAGUUACUGAUGCCAAGGAACGGGGUUGUUUCUAUAAUGCCGAAGAGGAUAAAAGCUUGUCUAAGGCUAUUACGGAUGCCUUCUUAGAAUCGGACCAACUUGAUGCUCUGCUGAAUGUGAAUUCUCCACUGUUCAGAAAUGCAAGAUGGAAGUUUUGCUUCAGUAACGAUUUUCGGAAAUCCAUUCUGAAAGUUAGAAAUGAAGCUCGUCAGGAAGUGUUUUCUUUGUUGUCAAAGCUUUCGAGUGGCUGGCGGGAAUCUCCUGAAGAGAGAAUCAUCGUUGUCCGACAUGGAACUUCUUCUGAACUGUUAGAACAUUACAGAGUCAAUGAUCAGCUUCAUCUGAUUUGGACAGUGGAUAUAAUCAAGGAAAACUCAAACCACACACAAAUUCUCAAGGUGUGGGAUGUUUUACCAUUACCUGAUUUACCAAAACUAGCAAGGCAUCUCGAUGAUGUCUUUGGGAAUUAUACAGUUGAUAAGAUGAAUCGCUGCAAGCACAAAUGUAUAGAAGGGGCAGGUCUCAAACCUGACCUGAGACCUCUCCCUUUCUUGCUCUGCAAGAAAGAAUACCAUUGGGCUAAACAUCCAUUGCUGUGGAAUUUGGUUGUUCCAAUGAGAUGGCCACUGUAUUUCGAUGGUGCUGCCGAGCGUAGCAUCCCUGAAAUUGAUCCUGUAGAGCUUCUGUCGCAACCUUCGGCUUCACUUAUGGCGCGGACACCAAAAGCAAAGACACCAAAUCCACAUCGCAGAUUACCUAAGUACAUGAAUGAAGAGAACAAGAAAUAUCGCAGCACAUCACUUUUUGGAUGGGAUAAUGAACCUAUAUGGGGUGAAAGGAGGAGAGAGAUUGUGGUCAUCACUUCCCUUGGAUCCUCAUUUUUAAGCUUCAUCGUAACGUACGCAAGCAUUCCUGUCCUUUCGAGAGAUUGGCCUUACUCAUUUAUUAAUGUAGCCAGUGGGAAAGAAGAAUUCGAUAACGGUGGCAGCAAGAAAAAUUUGGUGGAGGUUGCUGUAGUUUCAGAGCUAGUUGCAAGCCUUUUUAAAGAAUUUACAAGGGCAAGAAAGAGGAUGAGCGUAGGAGUCAUAUCACCGUACAACGCUCAAGUUUAUGCAAUUCAAGAAAAAAUUGGAAAGACUUACAGUGCACAUAGUGAUUUUGCAGUAAAUAUUCGGUCUGUCGAUGGAUUUCAAGGAGGCGAGGAGGAUGUUAUAAUUAUCUCUACUGUCAGAUGUAAUGCAAAUGGAAAAAUAGGUUUCCUUGCCAAUCGCCAAAGGGUGAACGUGGCAUUGACCCGUGCAAGGCACUGCCUCUGGAUAUUGGGAAAUGGAGCAACUCUUGUCAACAGCGAUUCUAUUUGGAAGAAAUUAGUUACUGAUGCCAAGGAACGGGGUUGUUUCUAUAAUGCCGAAGAGGAUAAAAGCUUGUCUAAGGCUAUUACGGAUGCCUUCUUAGAAUCGGACCAACUUGAUGCUCUGCUGAAUGUGAAUUCUCCACUGUUCAGAAAUGCAAGAUGGAAGUUUUGCUUCAGUAACGAUUUUCGGAAAUCCAUUGUGAAAGUGAGAAAUGAGGCUCGUCAGGAAGUGAUUUCUUUGCUGGCAAAGCUUUCGAGUGGCUGGCGGGAAUCUCCUGAAGAGAGAAUCAUCGUUUUCCGACAUGGAACUUCUUCUGAACUGUUAGAACAAUACAGAGUCAAUGAUCAGCUUAAACUGAUGUGGACAGUGGAUGUAAUCAAGGAAAACUCAAACCACACACAAAUUCUCAAGGUGUGGGGUGUUUUACCAUUGCCUGAUUUACCAAAACUAGCAAGGCAUCUCGAUGAUGUCUUUGGGAAUUAUACAGUUGAUAAGAUGAAUCGCUGCAAGCACAGAUGUAUAGAAGGGAAUUUGGUUGUUCCAAUGAGAUGGCCACUGGGUUUCGGUGGUGCUGCCGAGAGUAGUAACCCUGAAAGUGAUCCUGCAGAACUUCUGUCACAACCAUUGGCUUCACUUGUUAUUAGGGAUGAAUCAGAAGCAUCAGUAACAAGUAGUAGACAGGCGCCCUGGAGGAACAGGAACAGGAAAUAUGGAUAUAGCAGUGGUGGAAUGGAUUCAAAGCCUAGGUGGUGAAGUGCAAGUACUAAUAACUAUUGUGGCUGUUCAACAAGUUCUUGAAUGGAGAUUGCAGCCCUCUGACUGAAGGAGGAGGUCAUAUCCUUGCACGUUGCCUAGCUAUAUAUUUGUUUGACCAUGUCAACCUAUUCUAAAUUUACUACUUGUGUUGCAAAAAGGUUGUCAAAAUUAAUGAUAUGAUGUUUUUCCUUUCUUGUA